UCGACAUACCAUUGAAUCUGUGCUAUCUGCCCCGUCCACGCUGUCAACCCUCCUACAUCGCCAUGAGUGGUGCAGGACCCGCGAGGCGCUUGGCCUCGAGAUGCACAUUUUGCAGCCCGCUGCCCAUUCGGACCAUCCAGCAUCAGCAGCGCCGGACUGCAGUGACAGACUUCUUCAAACGUGGUGCAUCCGCCUCACAGCCCGACAAUGAGAAGCCAAAAUCAGACAAUCCCUUUCUGGACGAGUUCAAAAGGAAGAACCCAGGCACGCCGACUCCCCAAGGACCGGACAUGCCACAGACCAUGCCGCAACAGGGAGACAUUGCUUCAUCGUCCAUUUUCGAAGACGAGCGCCGCAUAGCAGCCCAACGAGAGCGAGACGCCGAGGGCGAGGGGGAGCAAGCCAGGAAUCCCGCUCAUAUUUUGCGAGUGACCCAGCCCGACCCAAACGCGCGCGAACGAUGGGAGCGAAAAAAAGUCAUUCAGAUGAUCAGAAAUGGUGGGAGGCUGUCCAAGGCGCAAUACCUCAAACGCACCGAAAGGGAGCAUCUUGUUAAGAGCCACAACAUGAAGACUUCGGUCAAGAAACUCGGCAUGAUUGCGAGGCAAAUUGCGGGGAAGACCAUCGACGAUGCCAUCAUUCAAAUGCGCUUCAGCAAGAAGAAAGUCGCGCAAGAGGUCUUGAAGCAGUUGGAGCAGGCGCGCGAUGAAGCUAUCGUGAUGCGCGGCAUGGGUCUGGGGAAAGUCAAGGCUUCAGAUGAUGCGGAGAUCCUCGAUGCCUCCGCCGAUUCAGUGCUGGAGAGUGUAACAAAGUCGGAUGCGUCAAAGAAGGUUGAAAUCCAGCUCAAAGACGGCAAGAGACACAAGAUCGAGGACCGCUCAAAUAUCUACAUCGACCAAGCGUGGGUGGGACGGGGACCAUAUGGACAACUGCCCGACUACAGGGCAAGAGGGCGCAUGUUCGUCAUGCGCACACCGUGGACAAGCCUGAGUGUAGUGCUCAAGGAGGAAGCGACGAGAAUACGAGAACAUGCUGAGCGUGAGGCGAAGAGGAGGAAGGAGGUUACUGAGAAGGUCUGGGUGCCAUUGCCAGACAGGCCCAUCACGACCAACAGACAGUGGUACAGCUGGUAAAAGAUGCGCAUUAUAGAUUUGCAUACUCAUCGGGAGAGUACUCUGCACAUUUGUACAUUACCUCUGAAAAUUGUGCUCAUCCGCCCAUAAGCCAUUUCGGAAUCAGAAUUUCUUCCAGCU